UACCAGUGCAAGUAUGCCAUUUUAUGUGGAUAACGCUCAAAACAGGAGUUUAGGGCGUGUAGGACUUCCUCAUGGAGCAGCUGUCUUCAGCAGGAGUUCUGGAACUGUCCACAACAGGUUUGGCAGUCAAGGGUCGUCUUUUGCGUCUUUCACACCAUCAGCAUCAGGAGCAUCGUCUUCUUUCUCGCCAAGCUCUUACUCUACAAAUGAUUCCAACAGAUCCUUCGUGAACACUUAUGUUGACAACCCAACGAACAGAAGACUAGAUCGUGUUGGACUUCCCCAUGGCACUGCUGUUCAGUCCAAAAUCAGCAAUAUUCCUGCGGAGCCUAGAUUUUCUGUCAGUGCUAAAGAAAAUCCUGGAAGAAGCUUGCAAGAUGGCAGAAGAAAUGAUUCCAACAGCUCCUUCGUGAAAACUUAUGUUGACAACCCAACGAACAGAAGACUAGAUCGUGUUGGACUUCCCCAUGGCGCUGCUGUUCAGUCCAAAAUCAGCAAUAUUCCUGCGGAGCCUAGAUUUUCUGUCAGUGCUAAAGAAAAUCCUGGAAGAAGCUUCUCAUCUCACACCUCUGUGAAAACAGCUUGGGCUGAUGAGAAACCCCAGAAGCUCUAUGCAGACAACCCACGGAAUGAAAGGCUUGGGAGAGCAGGAAAACCUUUGGGAUCAAUGCCUGUGAAAAAGAAGCCGAGUUGUGACAGUCCCAGGAUGAAGUCUGAUUCCUGUGAUCAUGCUUCUGGAGCUAAUGCAGCCAGUGUUAAUCCACCAAAGGUCUAUGUGGACAAUGCACAGAACAGAAAGCUUGGGAGAGCUUUGAAGCCUCUAGGCAGCAUGCCUGUGACUAAGACCAAAGCUGAUUCUUCCAGACAAGGAAAUGAAAGAAGGAAAGUGGAUGAACAGGUUACCCCACAGGUCAGUUAUGAUUACUCAUCUGACCAGGCAGAAAAGAGCGGGGAAAGCAGUGGAUCAGUUGCCUCAAGAAUCUAUGCUGAUAACCCGUUCAACCGGGCACAUCACAGAGCUGGCCUUCCUUUGGGAUCCAGGUCAAUUUCAAGAGACGGGACGUACCAAGGUUCUAAGUACUAUGUGGACAAUGCCUUGAAUCGCAAGCUCAACAGAGUUGGAGAACUUCGUGGCAGCAGACCUGUGAUUGAAAGAGAAAAAGUCUACAGCGAUAACCCUCUGAACAGAAAAUACGACCGGGUUGGCAAGAAAUGGGGUACAUCUGGGACUGAAAAGGACAAAGCACAUCAGCUGUAUGAAUUUCUUAAAGUCAAUGAGGACAGAAAUCUUCCUGGACCUUUAGAACAAUUCUGCGACGAGGAGCAGGAAAUUGCAAGCCAAGUAAAGAGUCUUGUGAAUAGAGAGCAACAAGCCAUUGAGUGUGUAGAGGGUUUGGUCUCUGAUUCAAAUUGGUCAGUGAGGUCUCGUAUUUCAACUUCUUUGCUGGAAAAGUUUCAAGGGAAUAUAAUUCGGUUUGAAGACCUGACUAUUGGUAAAGAAAUUGGUCAAGGAGGGUUUGGCGUUGUGUAUAUGAGCACCUUGGACAGAGAAGUGGUUGCUGUGAAGAAACUGAAAGUACAACAGCUGACAAAGAGAAGAAUGCAGCAGUUUGAAAAUGAAGUGUCGCUGUUUUGCGUCCUGAGCAACCCUAACAUCCUGCAAUUCAUUGGAGCUUGCAUUGAAAAACCCAAUUUGGCCAUUGUUAUGGAAUAUAUGGACAUGAGUUUGUUUGAUGCUCUACACAUUAAACAGGUGGAUUUCCCAGAAAGUACCAAGCUAGCUCUGAUGGACCACAUGACCUUGGGGCUCAUGUACCUGCACAACAACGACAUUGCCCACUGCGACCUGAAGACUCAGAACAUACUGCUGAACAACGUUCCUGGCCAGGAAGUGACAGUCAGCUCGGAGCCAGUGGUGGCCAAAAUUUGUGACUUCGGCCUCAGCAUGAUGAAGUCAGACACAGAAACAACCUCUACGAACGUGGUGACAGGUGCGGGAAGUCCACGCUAUGCUGCUCCAGAGGUGCUGAGAGAAGAGAAACUUUCUUUGGAGCAGUUGAAGAAGGCGGACAUGUACUCAAUGGGAUUGCUGCUCUUUGAGUUGUCCACAGAGGUAAUUCCCUUCGAGGACCUGAACAUACCUCAGCUAAUUCGGGGCAAGGGACAUAACGGUGAGACACCAGAAUUUUCCUUGCGACUUGAUAUUCAGCUGGAAUAUGUUAUAAAGGACCUGUGGAGCUUUGAUCCCAACAGCAGACCAACUUCAGAAACGCUGACAAAGGAAGUUGACAAUAUUAAUUCUGUGUAUGCUUUGGAAGAGUAAUUGUCUUAGUACUUGGGCUGACAGUUUUCUCUCUUUUUCAUUAAUUUUCUAUCCCAUGAUAUACUUUUUAGUCCACUUGUUUUGCAACGGCAAGAGAAGUUGAGUCAUGCAUCUUUAUCACAAAGCAGUAAUUGAUUGUGGAAAUAAACAUUGUAGUAUGUUGAACAAUGUUUUUAUGACUAUUAUUUCAAAUAUCAGACAGUUGAGGUUAAAAGAUAAGAUGCCGGAUUAAAGGUAAAAUUAGAGCAACUUAAUUAAAAGUUAACUAAAGCUAACAAUCCAAGUUUGAGGAUGUUAACUCUUUCCGGACGCAUCGCCGAUAUAUUGGCGCGAGUCCACACCCCUUGCGGCCGUAUCGCCUAUAUAUCGGCUGUGAUAGGGAGCCUCAGUAUUUUUCGUUUUAACAUGAUCCGUCAUUCAUAAUUACUUGUUAUUGUUAUUGAAAACUUGGAAAGGAUUUAGGAAACGAAAACAUCUAGGCCUAGUUUCAUUUUGCCAAAGCGCCGCUUUGGCAAAAAAACGAGUGAAUUAAUUAUUUAAAUUAGUUCUUGUGGUCUUGAAUCAACAAAACGAUGUAACCGGACUCGGUAUAAAUAUCAUAACUCAAACAAAAAAUGGAAAAUUGCUUUCAAAUAAAAAGCUGCGCAUUCAGAAAUUUAUGGAUUAUUCUCUUGGCCUGUAUGUGAUAAGAUAGCUAUGCUGAUUUGCUUUCUCUUGUUUGGUGAAUGUAAUUUUUACAUCAAAAUGUAUUUUUCUCAUCGCCAUCGCCAUUUCUAACCCUUGUAAUGCAUACUUAUGUCCAAAAUUAAUCCUUGUUUCAUUGGAAUGUAUUCCUCGUUCAAUUUCCUUCUAUUUGAUAUAUCAUAUUUUACGUUUUGAGUGAUGGUUAUGCUUAUGUAAAGUUAUUUUGAUAACAUUGGUCAACAUACAUUUUGCAGCAUUAGUUUUAAGUUUAGGAUUUGUUCUAAGCUAAUUUGGGGUCGCUUAUUCUAGAAAUGAUACAGGCCAAAGGGCUAGAACUCAAAUGGCCCCUGGAUUGGAAAAGUAUUCUUGAAAUGUAUUCGUUUUUGUGUAUCACGUCAUUACGUCAAGGUUUUGCUCAAUGAAAAGGUUAUAUUUUUCAUGUUCAUAUUAUGACAAAAUUCAGUAGUUUUCAAACAGUAUAGCCUAUAGUUUGAUUUAAAACGCCGUUUUAAUGAAUUAGAGAUAGGCGUUGAACCUUUAACGGUGUGACUCUUCAUCAAAAAUAAUAUUAUUUAUGUAAGUGAUCAAUAAUAGUUCAUUUAUGCCAAUGUUUCUGUGAUAUAACGAAAUAAAAUGUAGCUAUAUCUUUACAUGUGCGCUACAAAAUGUAGCUCAACCACUAUCUAUUUUGACCCUCAGUCUUCACAAGAGCAUGCCAAAAAAUCUGCAAAAGUAAUGGCUUGCCUGUAACGACCCUUUUUUUUUGUACAAACAGUGUUGGAGAUUUUUGUGAAAGUAGUGUACACGCUUAAAAUUAAGGACGAAAAUCAAAUUUUUCACACACAUCGAUUUCAAAACACUAUUGAUAUAUACUCAGCCAUAAUUAAAUGACGAUUACCGUUUUUCAGAACGUUUGUCUUCAAACUGAAAAAAA